AUGAGGGAGAGCGCAUCUACUGCACUUGCUACAGGACUGGUGGCCUAUACUUGUGGGGAUCAGCGGCUGCCCCCCGGCAACGUGGCCGAGUGGUUAAGGCGGUGCCCUGCUAAGGCAUUGGGUUCUGCCCGCGUAGAACUGAUGGCGUAUAUUGGGGACAAUCAGCCGCUGGCCCCCGGCAAUGUGGCCGAGUGGUUAAGGCGGUGCCCUGCUAAGGCAUUGGGUUCUGCCCGCGUAGGUUCGAAUCCUGCCGUUGUCGUUUUCUUCUAUUUUCAUUUGCCUGUCAUCUAG